CCGUUUUCCUUCCGGUUUUUUCGUCUUACGUAUGAUGUCAGGGGAAAACUGCCAAUCGGAUUGUUCUGAACGCUUCGGCGGGCAACUUGGUGGUGCCUGGAACGAGCUGAGGGCUCUGCGGACAGGGCCGCUGCGGCCGUGCAUGAGGGGAGCGGCUUGCAAACUGCUCUGCUUGCGGCUGGUUGAUCCAUGGCUGUGGACAGUUUCUGAAAGUUUGUUGCAUCCAUGGACUUUGAAGAAGAGGUACCUUCAUUGUUAUGGGGCUUGGAUCCUGUCUUCUCAGCCUAUGCAAGAAUGUACAUUAAAGACAUACAAGAAAUGAAAGAGUCUAAGCAGGUGCCAGGUAUAUUCUUUUACAAUAGACAUCCAGUAAGGCAAGUGGAUAUUCUUGGAACUGUGGUUCUAACCAAAGAACGAGAAGCAUUUCAUACUUAUGGAGUGGACGAUGGCACAGGAGUUAUAAGCUGUAUCUGUUGGAAAAAUCCUGUGGUGGAACAGAAGUCCUUGUCAGAUUUUGAAUCUUAUCCUAGUACCUCAAGUAGCCUGGAUCUAGUUGAACAGAUGAGGACGCUCCAAGAAGUGAUUCGGCUGAAAAGUAGACUGGAUAUUGGUGAUGUAAUUAGAGUCCGUGGUUGCAUUAGAAUCUAUAGACAGAAGCGAGAAAUCAACGCCUCCACAUAUUAUAAAGUUGAUGAUCCAAUCUGUGAUGCUCAGAUUUCAAGGAUGCUGGAGCUCCUUCAUCUAUACCGAGAGAUUUAUGAUCAGACAUUUCAGCUCCCAGAAGAGAGACAGAGUGGUCAAGGUUCAGCAGGCCUGUUGGGUUCCAUCACUAUACUAAGUGAAAAAAUAAUGGACUUCCUAUCGGGGAGCAAAACUCAGAACUUCUAUCAGCAGGAACUGGAAACUGUGGAUUCUUUGGUGUCACUAAUUAGGCAGUGUGGACCCAAUACCUCCACUGACCAAAUGGAUUCCAAAGCUGGCCUCUCUGCCAAACUGAUUAGGAACUCAUUCACGGAAGCAAUAAAGGUGCUACAGGAAAAAGGAGCUAUUUUCCAGAAAUCAAAGAAUCCCAAUGAUGUCUACUGUGUGACCAAGCAGGAUAAAGAACUGCACAGAGUGACCCUUGCAAUAAUCAAAGCUGAUUGUAAGAGGCCAAAAUAUGCUGAGAAGGGCUGCCAUCUUCGCCAUGUUCUCAACUGUGUUCAACAGAAGUACAGCCCUUUUGUCACUGAAGCUGUGAUUCGUUACCUCUUGGAUCUAAUGGAAAGCAACAGUGAUGUUGUCACUACCAUGGAAGAAUAUUACACUGUCUUUUAAGGGAUUGACUUCUAGAGAUGAAACUUUACCCAGUGGCAGUGUACAGUAAGGACAACUGCAACACCCUCACAGACUUGGCUGCAUUCCUACUUUGAAUCAGAAAACUUAGUUGAUGCGGGAUCAUUACAUUCUUACUACAAGUUUCAAAAGAUGUAACUGGCUUUUCAGUCUCUCUCUUUUUCUGCUGUUCCAGGAACUAAAGACGGAUUUUGUAGAGGUGUCAUGUUGUGAAUGCCCUCUUGUGGCUGGAUAUGAAACAAAACAACAGACUUUGCAUUCAGGCUUUACAGUGUGAUAAACAUGAGAUACCUGAAGAGAUGAGAACAGUGAAUGUUAUAGGAGCUGCUUCCUCAGACUUUGUAUUGUUCCUGACGCCUUCAGAGUUUUAAGCAUCAGGCUGUUGUGUUGUACAGGGGGUUUUCCUCACGGGGAUGGAUCCUGUGCAGUGUCAGCAGAAGAUCCUUAGAUAAAGGGAUUUUUCUCAACUCUCUUCUCUCCAGCUCCCUGUGAGCCUUGAAAAGCAGCUACCAAUGGUUAGGGGACCUCAUGUAUGAAAAUCCAUGCAACAUGGGCACUGAGAGGCAAAACUGGGUGAAAUUGCCUUUCCUGUCUGAUCUACCAGUGGUGUUUCUGAGGUUCUGCUCCUGGAAGAAGCAAAGAGGGGUGAUUUCACUUGAUUCUCCUCUUGCAGCCGCACAAGUUGCGUAGAUUUCCAUCCAUGUGGGUCCCUUUAUAUUGCCUUUUAUAAGGCUCUCAGGGAGUGGCUGAGGGAGGCAGGAAAAUUCAUCUGCUGCUGCCACUGUAUAGAAUCCAGCUGACUGUUCUCUAAUUAUGCUUUGGAAAUUAUACUGAGCUAAAGAUCAGAUUCCUCCUAUCUUAAAAGGGAAUAGGUUCUGCUGAAAAAUCUCUAAUUGGUUUUUCAGUUUUUAAAAACAAGGUAUUCUGAGUCUUGACUACUUAUUUUGCGUGCCUUUUGCAACUGGAAAGCAUACAGGCACGUGUGUGCACUCCAAAAACAGCCAAAAUUCAUGUGUCCUUAACUACUGUCCCAACUCAGGGAAUUUGGAGGAGGAGCAGGAGGCUUCUGUACAGCUGUGGUAUUCUUGUCUCCUAUAAGAAAUCCACAUCCUUGGUGUGAUAUACCUAGUUUUACUGUAUUAUCAAUAUAUUGCUAUCUUUGCUUUAAGAACACUGAAGACAUGUUUGCAUUAAAAAUCAAGAGUAAGCCUGCUGAUUUCCA